CUGCUUCCAUCACAUCGCACAGAACACUACACGAUAGCUGCAAAAACAACAGAAAUGGCCAAUCUCAUUCGUUCUGCAAAGUCAAGCUGCGACUGGGAUGACAACGAGCUCAUGGCAUACAAUAUAAUGUUCACUGCUAUACCAGCACAUCAAUUCUUUCCCCAGGAGACAGAUGUCCCUCUAACCCUGGUAGGCCUUGAUUCCGGGCUCACCAAAGAUGAGGUGUCCUCUUACGCCCAAGUGUCGCCCGCCACCUUUCAUCUUCUCGCACGUCUCCACUUUGCCAUGGAUCCGAGGCAGGCUGAAUAUGAGCCGGUGAUUGUCAGCUUGGCUUCUGAAGUUCUCGACAGAUUUGGCUUCCAAAAGCGUCAGACUUGCCUAUUCAGAGAGUACACUAUCCCAUUGCUGAUCUGCGAUGAUACCAACCAAGUCGCAUGCAUAAGUGUAUGCCUUGUAUCGGAUCCAUCAAACAGCUUGCUUGUUCUACUAGCGGCCAAGACGCUGAUGGGACCUUCAAAUGUCGAAGCAUGUAUGGUCGCAGGAGCCAUUGCGACAUACCAGUUCAACAAUAACAGGCGGCGAGAGAUGGGUCUGCAUCCACUUGAUGCCAUGACUAUGCCUUGCAUCACCAUGGUUGGGACACGUCCCGCCUUCUAUCUGGUGCCCGUCACCAAAGCGUUGAGUGAGGCGGUCAUUUCCGGUCAAUUUCCGUCAGAUAGGACUGAGGUUUUGAAGUGUGAGGUCGCAAGUGACCACGAUGGAGGCAUGGAGGUACCGGAAUACAGGCGCGUUGCUUUCCAGUAUUUUGUUGCAUUCCAAUCCCUUGCGCAAAGCCACUGGGAAAAGUUCCUUAGUUUUGAUCAAGUUUUGCUGCCACCUACGAAUUACCAUACGGAUUGAACUUAUGAGUC